AUGGAGGAGAAGUCGUCUGUGGCAAAAUGGGAAGGUAAGGUAUCAACAACUGUAACAAAAGCAAGUGCAGAUGAAAUAUGGCCUUUGUUCAUAGACUUCUUCAACUUCCACAACUGGUUUCCCAACAUGUCUACUUGCUACGGUGUCCAUGGCGUGAAUGGCGAGGUCGGCGGCAUACGCUACUGUGCUGGUUUCUCUCUCCCAACUGAAGAUGGCAGUGCUGAGCAAAACUGCAGUUGGUCAAAGGAGCGGUUAGUGGCCGUUGAUCGGAACAAGAUGUCAAUGAGCUACGAGAUGGUUGAUUGCAAUGUUGGAUUCAAAUCAUAUCUUUCCACUUUAAAGGUGGUUGGAGGUGGUGAUGAAGGAAGUAUCAAGAUGGACUGGAUCAAACUGCGAAGAAAAUGGAGGAUUCCUUCGUUCAGAAGAAGGCCGUUCAGUAAAAUCCAAGAAAAUGGAGGAUUCCUUGGUUUAGAAGAAGGCCGUUCAAUAAAAUCCAAAGAAUAA